GUGGUUCCUACAUUACAUACAACUAGUGCAAGAUUUUUACAAUGCUGAAAUACCUAAUCUUCGCAUUUGGACUUUUUAUCACUGCUCAGGCUCUUACAUGCAGUUCGCAAGAGAGUUGUUACGAGAACGAGUGUUGCGUUCACGUUUUGUUUGGAAAUGGAGUAUGUCGUCGAAAACCAAAGAUUGAGAAUCUAUGCUCUCCAUUGGCGAGAGUUUACAACGCUGACAAACAAACAUUUAAGCUAGGAUGUAUCUGUCCAGAAGGUUACGAAUGCUUGCUGGGAGAAUCUCUUUUGGAUAGGGUUUACAAAUGUAGAAAAAGUAAAGAAGUAACAACAGAAUCGCUUGAAACUACUGUUGAAGGAAUAGAAUUACCCGAUUUAAAUUAAAAAGUUAAAAAAUCGUGAAGAUGAAGAAUCGAUCUCGGAUAUCGUUGUCUAAUAGUUCUGAAGAGUUUGUUACGCGAGCGUGGAAUUUUUGGUUCGAGUUUGUUUAAAAUGUAAUAGCCAUCGUUAUUAUUGAAAUAAAAUCUUAUAUAUUUUAUCGACA